AUGAACGGUGGCCUGUGCCUGUGCGUGCUGAUGGCGGUUCUGGCGACCGGCGCAUGGACGCAGCCUCUGUCCCCGGCAGGACCCCUGGGCCCCGGGACCCUGGGUGCAGAGGACGCGCCCCAGAGGCAGCUUCGGACGAGGACGGGCGCUGAGCCCCGGGCGCGUCUGGGCGUGCUGCUCGCUCGGUACAUCCAGCAGGCCCGGAAAGCGCCUUCGGGCCGCAUGGCCAUGGUCAAGAGCCUGCAGGGCCUGGACCCCAACCACAGGAUCAGCGACCGGGACUACGUGGGCUGGAUGGACUUCGGCCGGCGCAGCGCGGAGGAAGAGUACGAGUACCCUGCGUAGAGGCCAGGCCUGCCUGCCUGGGGCCUGAAGAGGCUGGGCAGGAGCGCCUCCCACCUCCCCACCGUCUGUCUUCCGCGUGAACCAUCCGUCUGCUGUGGCUGUCCAGUGCCACCCAUGCCGUGUCUCCCG